CGACCAUGUUAAAGCGCAUGCGGUUACUUUGGUAUGCCACGCCAUGCUUCUGAAUAACUAGUGUGUAUUUUCCAUGUAAAUUACCUGGAGGGAAGGCGAUGCACUGGUAAACAGGCCGGGGGCUUGAUUUAUAUACUUGACGUGUGUUCCUUCAGUAUCAGUCAGCCCUCCUUCCAAGAUGGCGUGCUCCAAGAGUGUGAAUGUCCUUGUCUACAUCUGCAUUAUUCUAUUCGGGGUGUCUUCCUGGGUGGACAUCAACGGAAUGUGGGUGCAGCUUCCCAUCAUGGUCCAGAAGCUCCCAGAAGGAUGGAAUCUGCCUUCGUUCAUGGUUGCCUUAACCCAGCUCGCAAACAUUGGACCCUUGCUCUACGCCAUUGUUGCCAGCCGUGUCCCGGAGAAGGUGGUAAUCUACAUCAUCAUCGCUAUUGGAGCGAUAUCGUGUCUGUUGCUUGUGUUUUUCUGGGAGGCGACGACUGUAGUUGCAGGUGGUCCUCACAGCACCGCCAUGAUGACGCUUUACUUCGUCCUGUCUCUCGUAGACUGUGCGUCAAACGUAGUUCUCUUCCCCUUCAUGGCCAUCUUUAAACCAGCUUAUCUCACAGCAUACUUCAUAGGGGAAGGUUUCAGUGGACUAUUACCAGGACUCAUUGGUCUUGCUCAAGGCGCAGGACGCGUCGUCUGCCUCAACGUCACGACGUCUAACGUCACCGUCAACGGAUCAGUGUCCAUUAAGCCGGAUUUCAUGGAUGAAAAUUUCUCUUUCGAAGUUUUUAUGUCUAUAAUCUGUGGUAUUAUUGUGAUUUCUGGGCUAUCAUUUACCUUUCUAAUUUGUCAUCCAAUGAGCAGGAAGGAAUUUGUUAAGCAUCAAGAGAAGCCGGAAAAUCUAUCACCUUUAAAGCUGAAUCAGAAUCCGGGAGACAGCUGUGCAAAGGGGGAUCCUGUUGAGAAGGAUAGUAUGUUACCAUUGAAUGAGCAGGAGAAGUUGCACAUGGCGGAAGCUGACCAACAAACCGAGGCCGGACGUUUUGGACGAAAAUUAUACCUGCUCGUAUUAGUUGGAUGGGUGAACUGUUUGAGGAACUCGGCGCUGUUGGCCGUUCAGUCCUACUCUUGUCUACCUUACGGUGUCACCCAGUACCAUCUGGCUGUAACGCUAGCAAAUCUAGCCAAUCCACUGGCGUGUUUCUUUGACCUUUUCAUCCACGUCACUUCCGUUCCUGCGCUGUCCUCCCUGACCCUGCUGGGCUCCCUACUCGGGGCUUACAUCAUGGCGGCGGCGGUGAUGAGCCCUGUGCCAGUUUUUGUGGGAACACUGGCUGGAUCCAUCUUGAUUGUGACGGCAUGGGUGGUCUGUGUAUUCAUCCUCACCUACGUCAAGAUUUCACUGGCGUCGCUCUUCAGGGUGGAAGGCAAGAAGGGUCUGCUUCACUGUGGCGUAGCAACACAAGUCGGCUCCGCCAUUGGAGGUGCCGCCAUGUUUGUCCUUGUCAAUGUUUUGAAUCUCUUUAAAUCUGCUAACCCUUGUUCUUGAUUUUGCGAAUGCGAAACUCGCCCGAAAACUAUUUGUUACAGGAUGUCCAAGCAUCAUAUCCCGCAACCCCCUGCUACAUCCGCUCUCUUCCCGCGUAACGUAGGGUAUAAAUACAAAAUAGAUUUGCUACCUAGAAGGUCAUAGCCGUGAAAGAGCUGAGUGCCUGGCUAGCCCAUAUCUGUUGUUUAGUGCUCUCAUCUCAGAUCUGUUGUCUAGUGCUCAUACUAUCUCAGAUAUAUUGUUUAGUGCUCAUACUAUCCCGGAUCUGUUGUUUAGUGAUCUUAUCUCAGAUCUGUUGUUUAGUGCUCAUACUAUCUCAGAUAUAUUGUUUAGUGUUCAUACUAUCAGGGAUCUGUUGUCUAGUGCGCACGCUAUCCUGGAUCUGUUGUUUAGUGCUCAUGCUAUCCCAGAUUUGUUGUUUAGUGAUCUUAUCUCAGAUCUGUUGUUUAGUACUCAUACUAUCUAAGAUAUAUUGUUAGUGCUUAUACUAUCCCGGAUCUGUUGUCUAAUGCGCACGCUACCCUGGAUCUGUUGUUUAGUGCUCAUGCUAUCCCAGAUUUGUUGUUUAGUGCUCAUGCUAUCCUAUGUCUGUUGUUUAGUGCUCAUGCUAUCUCAGGUCUAUCUUAAACAUUACUAAGGAGGGAUCUGGAAAAGUGUAGCAGUCAGGUGUCUGUAACACCAUGACGGCAAGAUCAGCAGAACACCAUCACUUAGACCCACGUGAUAUUCAUUGGUGAUAUGUAAAAGCAAGAUUGUCUUUGUAUUUAUGAAGCCUAGCUGCAACCUUUAGGUAUCUCCAUCUAUAAUAGCAUAUGCAAUAACGUUUGCAAUUACCACGUUUCACGACUUCCAGGUCGUAUGCAGUAUGUUUUGCCUUUACCAACCUUCACGACUUCCAGGUCGUAUGCAAUAUGUUUUGCCUUUACCAACUUUCACGACUUCCAGGUCACAUGCAGUAUGUUUUGCCUUUACCAACCUUCACGACUUCCAGGUCGUAUGCAAUAUGUUUUGCCUUUACCAACUUUCACGACUUCCAGGUCACAUGCAGUAUGUUUUGCCUUUACCAACUUUCACGACUUCCAGGUCGUAUGCAAUAUGUUUUGCCUUUACCAACUUUCACGACUUCCAGGUCACAUGCAGUAUGUUUUGCCUUUACCAACCUUCACGACUUCCAGGUCGUAUGCAGUAUGUUUUGCCUUUACCAACUUUCACGACUUCCAGGUCACAUGCAGUAUGUUUUGCCUUUACCAACCUUCACGACUUCCAGGUCGUAUGCAAUAUGUUUUGCCUUUACCAACUUUCACGACUUCCAGGUCGUAUGCAAUAUGUUUUGUCUUUACUAACAUUCACGACUUCCAGGUCAUAUGCAGUAUGUUUUGUCUUUACCAACCUUCACGACUUCCAGGUCGUAUGCAAUAUGUUUUGUCUUUACUAACAUUCACGACCUCCAGUUCACAUGCAGUAUGUUUUGUCUUUACCAACCUUCACGACUUCCAGGUCAUAUGCAAUAUCGUUUGUAUUCAUUUCGAUCCCAAAUUCCAAGUCAUACGAAAUAUUGUUUGUAUUCACGACUUCCGUGACCAAUAUUGUGUCUUAUACACUCGUAAUAAUAUGGUCUGUCUUCAUCUCGUUCCCUCACAUCAUAUGAAGUACCGACACUCCUCAUCUGUUCCCAGAUUCCAUUACAUUGAAUGUAAUUGUGUUGCCUUAUUACCAUAAUACAAGCUAACCAUUCGCUGUGAUAAACUAUUUGUGAAAAAAUUGGUGGUUUCUUUCUAUAUUCGCACCCGAUGACAGUAACAACAUUAUUUACAGCAGCUCCUCAAGGGCGGAUCCAGCAUUUUAAUAGGGAUGGUCCAAAAUAUCACAUUCCUCUCU